AUGCGUGGGCGCCGGCAUUUAUACCGUCUCGGUUUAUUUGCGUUUGAUAUACGGCCCAGUACAGGUCAAAACGCGGGAAGUGAAAUGUGAUUUGAGACAAUGAAUAAAGAAUCUGUGAUUUAGUCAGUAAAUGCUUAUAAUAAGACUUAUUAAAAGCCAAUAAAAUACACUUCUCAUCAUAAAAGAUUUAAUCACCUCGCAAGUUUAUAUUUCUUAACGAUUAUUGGACAAAAGUUGGAAUUAAAAAAUAAAAGGUUUUUAAUUCUGAAUGGUGAUUUUUCAAAAGUGUUUCGAUUUUUAAAAUGAAUUAAAAAUAUAUAGCUUUGUCAAAUAAAUAGGCUGAUUUAUGUGCCAUGUGUUUCUAAAAAGUUUAAAUGGUGACUUGAGGUUUUUUAUCUGUGAAAGUGUUUAAAAGUGUCACAAUGCCGAUCCUAUUCAGUGCAGUGGCGUACAAAAAGAAGUUUCUAUCAAAAUACGCGUCGUGUGACGGUAACUUUAUGGAGAUCGCGGAAGAAGUGCUCACAAAACUUCCACCUACAAAUCAAAAGAUGACGUAUUCUCAUGGACGUUACUUGUUUCAUUUUAUUGCUGAACGCGAUCACUUUUAUUUCUGCAUUACUGAUAAAAUAUGUCAACGGUCCAGAGCAUUCCUGUUUCUGAACGAAAUAAAGCGACGGUUCACAAGAAGGCAAGGGUCUGCUUUCUGCCAAGUCCUCUCCGAUGAGAUGUAUCGAUAUAGCGAAGACUACAACACUAUUAUGAUAAGGAAGGGCGAGCUCGAUGAACUGAAUACCAUCGGUGUAGGAUGCAGUGACUCCAUCCUCGGCGGGAAAAUACUCUUCGUAAACAAUCCUGAAGAAUUGAGAUACAGUACCACCACCCUCGUGGGAGAAACUUCUUACACACCGUCAAUAGAUAACAUAGAAUGUAAAAGAACCUCUAGAUAUUUCUUCUAUAUUAUUAUAACUGUGAUACUUGUGCUUUUGUGGUUAGUUAUGUCUUCCUCAGGACCGAUAUAUUUAGUAUCAGUAGCAUGUAUUUGUGUACUUUUAAUUUUAAAAUUUACUAAAAGUAAAAACGAUUAGUUCUUAGCUUUUGAAUUAUA